AUGACGUCUAAGAAAAACCUAGCCCAGCGCCUCCUCAACAUCACCAAAAUCGCCAACUAUCGCAUUUCCCCCUCCUUUCAGUCUCCCAAUCCGGCAAAACCCAGCAUUGCUCCGGAUCCUGGAAACAGAAGAAUCUUCCCCCGCUUCUUACACAGGAAUUCCGGCCUCUCACUGGAGCUUCGGCCGCCGGCUGCCAUCAGCAUCCUCCAGCGGUUCCAGGAGAUGGGCAUUGCGUGGAACCGGAUCCGGUUGGACGGUCUCAGUCCACCGGAGAAACAAGAAGCGGUAGCGGGAGACGUGAGGAAGGUGCUGAGAGCUGUGCAAAUCGAAACGGUGAAAUCAAAGCUACGGAAAAUCCCGGAGAGUUGCAUAUCAUAUUCGGAGUUCAUUCAAAUGUGCGGCGACGACAAUUGUUCCGACCAGGAGCAAGCGAAGAGCGUGGCGCAGAUGCUGGACGAUUCAGCGUCAGUUAUUGUCUUAGGAGAUGUCGUCUUCCUCAGACCUGAGCAGAUAGCACAAAUCAUUCAGUCUAUGCUCCCUCAACCAGGAGUGAAAGCGUCGGAGUCAGCAAGAAAAGAACUGGAAGAAAUGGAAAAAGUGAAAGCAGGAAUUGACCAGAGAGCGAGGACCUUGGUUCGACGUGAACUCUGGGCUGGGUUGGGUUUUCUAGUGGCGCAAACAGCUGGGUUCAUGAGACUGACAUUUUGGGAACUAUCCUGGGAUGUGAUGGAACCAAUAUGUUUCUAUGUUACUUCCAUGUACUUCAUGGCUGGCUACACCUUCUUCAUCAGAACCUCCAAGGAGCCUUGCUUUGAAGGCUUCUAUCAAAGCCGUUUCAGCAGCCAACAGAAGCGUCUGAUGAAACGUCACAAUUUUGACAUUGCCAGGUAUAAUGAGCUCAAGGCUGCUGCCCCACCUGCACCCUCUUCAGAGAUUCACACAUCCUUUGUUCACCCCCCUGUUGAGCAAUUUCACAAAAGUUUGUAG